AAAACAUGCAACAGACGUGUUUAUUUGUCUGUGACACAAAGUAGCAAGCUUGCUAGCGGAUUUUUUUGAAGGCGAGGGGAGGAGGAGAGGGGGGGACUACCAGUCAUUUCCAGACAAAAGAAACCUGAAUAUUUUCACUGUGCCUGUAUACCAGAGCAAAUGAUACUCAGCAGUGUUAUCAAGUCGCCUUUUGUGGCUUGUCAAAGUCUACAUUCACUGGCAGUUUAGUCAGAAUCGCAGUUUCAUUGGGUGUGCUUCUCUCCGCUACCUAUGUUUUGUUCUUUCCAUCUGAUAUUCCCAAGGAUUCCUCAAGAUUUAUGCCUUAGUUCUGACUAGACAUUACUCAAAAAUACGUACAUACAUUCUGUACAUAUAGCUUUUUAAAAUCUACAGUUGGAAUUUGGUCAACAACCCAUCACCUGUAUCACCCUACUUCCCCUAUCCCUUUUUGUCUUGACAUCAGAUUAAGAGAGGCAUCAAAACAAACUAAGGUCCACACACACGCACAUACGUUCACAUACAUAGGCCACCAUGUCCUCCAUCCUUCCCUUCACUCCCCCUGUAGUAAAACGCCUCCUGGGGUGGAAAAAGACUCCAGCAGGUAGUGGGGGAGCAGGAGGAGGAAUAGGAGGAGUAGGGGAACAGAACGGAGGAGGACAGGAGGAGAAAUGGUGUGAAAAAGCUGUGAAGAGCCUGGUGAAGAAGCUGAAGAAGACGGGGCAGCUGGAUGAGCUAGAGAAAGCCAUCAGCACGCAGAACAGCAACACAAAGUGUGUCACCAUACCCAGCAAUUGCUCAGAUCUAUGGGGUCUAGGCUCAGGCCACACGAUAGAGCAGUGGGACUCUGCAGGCAUGUACGGAUACCCUGACCACAGCAGGUCACUGGACGGGCGUCUUCAGGUGUCCCAUCGCAAGGGCCUGCCCCACGUCAUCUACUGCCGCCUGUGGAGAUGGCCUGACCUUCACAGUCACCACGAGCUGAGGGCCAUUGACACCUGCCAGUACGCCUUCAACCUGAAGAAGGAUGAAGUGUGUGUCAAUCCCUACCAUUACCAGAGAGUGGAGACGCCUGUGCUGCCUCCAGUGCUGGUGCCACGCCAUACAGAGAUUCUGACGGAGCUUCCGCCUCUAGAUGACUUUACAAACUCCAUCCCUGAAAAUACCAACUUCCCUGCUGGCAUAGACCCUCCUAAUAACUAUAUACCAGAGACUCCACCACCUGGCUACAUCAGUGAGGAUGGAGAGACCAGUGACCAGCAGAUGAAUCAAAGUAUGGAAUCAGGCUCACCAGCAGAAAUGUCACCAAGCACCCUGUCGCCUGUCAGUCAUGGCCUGGACCUUCAGCCCGUCACCUACAGUGAACCAGCUUUCUGGUGCUCUAUAGCCUACUAUGAGCUAAACCAGCGGGUUGGGGAGACAUUCCAUGCCUCACAGCCAUCUCUGACAGUCGAUGGCUUCACCGACCCCUCCAACUCGGAACGCUUCUGUCUAGGGCUUCUCAGCAAUGUUAACAGGAACGCAACUGUUGAAAUGACAAGGAGACAUAUAGGUCGUGGCGUGAGGUUGUAUUACAUUGGAGGGGAGGUCUUUGCUGAGUGCCUCAGCGACAGUGCCAUUUUUGUCCAGAGUCCCAACUGCAACCAGCGAUACGGCUGGCAUCCGGCCACAGUUUGCAAGAUACCACCAGGCUGUAAUCUGAAGAUUUUUAACAACCAAGAGUUUGCUGCACUGCUGGCCCAGUCAGUCAAUCAGGGGUUUGAGGCAGUCUACCAGCUAACCAGGAUGUGCACCAUCAGGAUGAGCUUCGUCAAGGGCUGGGGAGCAGAGUACAGGCGUCAAACAGUAACCAGCACCCCCUGUUGGAUUGAGCUGCAUCUCAAUGGCCCCCUCCAGUGGUUGGAUAAGGUGCUGACCCAGAUGGGAUCACCCUCAGUGCGCUGCUCCAGUAUGUCAUAAACGGGCUCCUGCUGAUGCGGACGCAAAGUCAAACUGACAUUUCACAACGUUUGAACAGUAUGUCCUAAAGGAGACAACCAUGUGGUCUUAAACUGAUGUACUAACAACAUUUGAAACAAACAAAAACAAACAAAAAAUGAUUACACAACGGACCUGGAGGAUGAGAGAAUGACCUGACAAACAGAGUGGAAUGUUAACAGUGAUGUCACACUGGACCUAAUUACCUUUGGCUCUGUUGGAUCAACGUUAGGCUGACAUUCCAGUAAUCAUGGACCUAAUAAUAAUUAAAAUCACCCUGCAAUAUCAAAAUGACAAGAGAGUGAUGUCAUAAUGGACCAGACUGCAUUCAUGUUUUUUGGUGUUUGACUGACGCUCUGAUCCAGACACACAAAACAGGACCAGGCAUUACUGUCCUCCUCAGUGAGGCAGCAAUGGCGUUUUCUGGGAUUGAACAUGUGACCUUUUAGUUAUAGGACAGUGUCUCCAACCACUAGUCCACUUUGCCUCUUCACUACCUACCUGCCACAGCACAAGCUUUGGCGCAGCAUCAAUAUUUCCGUUUACGCAAGGUUGACUAACAGUAGUAACUGCCCCUCCAGGCUCAUGUUCCAACCAAAGUCAGCUUCACGCCUGGACAUGAAUUUCUUAGCUUUUCUUGGUUUUGGUGACCAAACUUUCAAUCCAUUUUUAUCUCCACUUUUCUUGCUUCUCUCCCAAUCAGUCCUGUGUUGUCGUGAUCAAAGACCAGACUACGAUGGAUUGCACAGUCUUAGAGGGGUGAACACUGAGAGAGCAAGUUGAUGUCUGUAAUAAUUAUUACAUACCCUGUCUUCAAAUGUUCACAUGCACACACAUAUACUGUAACAGAGACACACUUUUGCAGUCCAUACAUCACAUAACUAGCUAUUUUAGCACAGUUGUUUUGAUAUAACAAAAAAUAAUUUCCUCUUAAUGCUAAAUGUCAAUUGGUCCUAUUCAACAGCGAGUUUGCAGUGGGGCUGAUGUAUGAGUGUGGAUCAGACCUGAAACAGAGGAGUAUGUCUUUUAUUCUCCUGUGAGGAGUUUUUAUUUUAAACCAGCACAGAUAACUGGAAUGAGUAAGCUAAGGAAACCUCAGAGCAAGAGCAGUAUGACAUGUCAUGCCUGUGGAACUUGAUUAUAUCUUUGGGGUUAUCCACAGUCCUUCUAGUUUUUGAGGCCCAACAAGGUGCACUUUCUCUGUUUCCUCCCUGCAUGCUCUUGCUCUCUCUCUUACAUUCUCUCCAUUUUUGAAAUUAUAUCAUCUUGCAUAUGAAGGGGAGUCCUAUGUCGGUACUCGGUGUAAACCCAAGGGUCUAAGCUUCAGUGUCACCCCCUGCUGUUUAACAGGCAAAAAGAUAAACCAUCAUCACUUAACGUUUAACAGAUGCAGAAAAUGUGCAAGUCUCUCUUGAUUAUAUGCUUGGACUGAUGCAUGGUUUCUCCAGACAUUUUAGUAAUAGGAAAAGUCCUGCAGUGUGGGACUAUAAAGAUUGCCCCAUACUGUACUUGCACUGCCCCCAAAUCAUGCACCCAUAAUAAAGAUGCCUUUGAUGUAAAAUGCAGCAGGAUAUGCGUUGAAAUGUACAGAUAGGAAUGUUGCAAAUCCCAUUUGAAGUCAAGAAAAUUACAAGAAAAUCUUAGAUAUUUUUAGAAUGUUAAGAUUUAAGAUAUAUUAAGAUUUUGCCCUUCUACUGUCUGAAUUGGCUUACUAUCUGGAGCAUGUUGAUUGAUUGAUUUUAAUCCCAUUGAUUUUAAUGAGAUUUCUUGCCCUGAUUUAAAGCCAGCUGGUACCUACAUUGGUAUUUUAGAGUCCAAAUCUUUUCAACUCAAAGUAUUUAAGCUUUAAGUAUUUGACAAGCUAGUUAUACUACACAGUUAUUAUUUUCUUUACACAUUCUUUUAGCUACAUUUUUGUAUUUUCAUGUAUUUUUUAUAUAUAAAUAUAUUUAAAAUCUUUAAAGCUUUCUUCCUUUUUAUUAGAAUUCAGUAUUUUUUUAGAAUAUGCCCUCUGCUUGAAAUGACCACAGCUUGAUGAUGAUUUGUGAGUUAUGUAGCAUAGGAUAUAACAUUUACCACUGCAAACAGUUCUUCAGUGCCACUUGUGUGCUGAAUGACCAAGAGGUCAAGUCAUCAUGAUUACCAUCUUCCUUUCUUCAAAACCUCAUUUGGCUGCUAAAAUGGUAAAAGUGUCUGUUGCAUUUUGGAAUCUAUCAACUGCUAUAGCUGUUGAAAAAGAAAUUUCUUGCCUUACUCAUAAUAAUUUUUCAGCUCUAGGGUUGUGACCCAAAUUAUGAUAGUGUUGUCCCAAAGACUGAAUGCAUGUAUUUACAGUAUGUCCUGUGCACUGCAGAGCCACUGUGUCAAAAGCCUAACUGCUGAUGAAAAUCUUAUAGCUCUACUUUUCAGGUAUUGCAUUUUAUUGGCUUGAUGUUAAUAUUUAAACUUGCCAGUGUCCUUUUGAGGUUUGGUUGGUUGCAUUGCUCUACAAAUGAAGAUACAGUCUUAGAGACAUGCUAACUUUCAGUAUACCAUAGUUAUUAGAAAAUCAAGCUGUUUAAAUAAUUACAAUUCAAAUUUUUGGAGAUAUUGCAAUUUGAUCCAGCAGCUGGGCAAUAUAGUAUUCAUUUUCAGUAUCACAGCAGCUUCAAAAGCUCUGACUUUGGAAGGUGAAUUUGUUGAAUUCUGACUCACUUCAGCAACUUAGGACAUUCCAGUAUGCAGUGUAAAAGCUGCUUUCAGCACCGCAGCUGUUUGAUUCUCAGUAUGGUUAUACACUGUUAAUUAACAGUGAGUGUGUUUACAUGCACACAGGUAUUGUGAUAUUAUAUCCCAGUUGAGGCGUCUUUACUGUAAGUGUAUGCCUCAUGUUUAUCCCAGCACUGAAUACAUAGCAAGUUGUUUUUGUGAAUGUUACCACAAAAAAUGGGACAUGUAAAUACAGUAUAUGUAAAUGGGACUAGGUGUAUACCUGCGCCACCAUCUUGAUUCAUACUGUCACAUUCCAGACAUUUUGUUUGACUUCUCCAAACUGUGACAAAACCCUGACGAGGGUCUUAACUUGGUGCACGUAAACAUGUUCACAUUUUCUAUCUUAAUUGCUCACUACUGCAACACAUGGGGGAAAUGUACAUUUAAAAAAAUGUUGUAGAAAAACCAAAUGUAGGUUUAAUGAAGAUUUAGUUUAGCAAAACAAGGGCUGAGACAAGAAGUCCAGAAAUCCUGAUGUUAAACAUACAUACUGUAGAUCCUAAAACAAAAUUUGAUACACACUUGAUAGAUGACAUCCUCUCCUACGGGGCAACGUACUCUGACCAAAGUGGAAGAUUGACACUUCUGAAAAACCUCAGAAGCAAAAUGAUGGUCCUGCAGGACAAGCUGUUUUAUGUUGGUUUGACCCAGGCAAAUUUUUCUUUUUAUUAUUAUUAUUCUUAUUUUUAGGCAAUCAUACCAUACUCACUUGUAACCAAACAAAACCAGCCAAAUACAGUGAUAUUUGUCUCUCUGUAUGUGUAUCUAUCUGUCCAUCUGUCUGUCUUGUCUUUUUGCUGGUAUGUUUUUUUUUUUUUUUAAUUUAAUAGGGAAAAAGUUGACUUUACUUUGUCCAGGUCAGUGAACAAAUAUAGUGUUUCCCUGGAGGCUGUUGUAUCAUUGCUAACCCACAUUCUAUGCAGUGGCUUCAAAUUGUGUAGACUGUUGACUCAGACACAUUUCCCCAGCAAGACAUAUACAGUGUACUUUUUGAUGGCUAGACAUACAGUUUUAAAUAUAUUGCCAGGAUCCAGCAAAAGCCUUUGUAUCUACUUUUUUUUUCCUUCUUUUUAUUGCGUGCCACCUAACAUUGUACCCCAAAACCAACCACCUUUUUUUUCACUUCCUAAAGAUUCUGUGUUUUGGAGAUGGAACAUGAGACCAAGUGAGGUUUCAUGUCAGCUACAUCUACACAUUCCGACGGUCCACAUUCCUAUUUACAGAUCACAUAAUGUAUUUUUUUUUUUUUUUUUAUUAUUGUGAUGACAAUUGUGUAACCCCAAAAAAGCCUCUUUCUGAUGCAUUUCUGAGAAGGUGGCUUUUUGGAGAAAGUGAAGUUUCUACAUGUCACUGGUGGUGUUAUUGUAUAGUUUUUCUUUUAUUUUACCAUACAUGCUUUUUUUCUUGCUAUCAACAGAGCAUAUUCCAUUAGACAACAAACUGUUAGAAUUUCUGUCUUCUUCAAACACUGAUGAUGAUCUUCAUAGGCUUUCCAACUAUUCUACAUAUACAUACAACUUCUUACAGUGUACACUAAUAAAGCUGUUUUAAUUCAA